AUGUAUAACUCUGAAGAUGAAGAUAUCGCGAAGGCGAUCGCGCUGAGCCUCCAAGAGUCUUCCACUAGGCAACAGCCCGCAGAAUCUGAGCCGACAGAAGUGAUAACAAUCAGCGAUGACGAGGAUGAAGGAGAUGACGAAGAGCGGCGAUUUCAAGCCGAGCUGCAACGAGCCAUUGAAGCCUCCAAGCAGGAGGAAGCGCGCCACAAGCCCACAAGUCCUGCUGCAUCCGAAUCGCCUCCACCUCAGCUAACCCAAACUCAAACUGCAACGAGCUUUCUGUCCGAACGCGCUCAAUUGGAGAGAGAGCGAUUGGCCCGGCAGAAACGGCUGCGCCCUGAAGUAGAUGUGGAGACUCCAGACGCAGAUGAUGGACAUAGAGCGAAGAGGCAACAUCUUUCCCCUUUUCCCCAUCAGACACGCAGGACCGACUAUGAUGCUUCUUCCAGUGCCACGACCAGUGCGCGUCCGAACAACAGUACAAGCGGGCAGGCGGGACCAUCGCAAAAUACCGCUGCGGGACAUAUGUUCUGGGAUGGCGAAGUAAGGCAAACCGCCAAUGCGCAUGUAGACCCAGCCACGAACAAAUAUCCUCUGUUCCUACUGUCAGAGAUCCUUGCACCGAGAGACGAGAUAGAAUUUGCGAUCGUCUCGUCGUAUGUAUACGAUUAUCCGUGGCUGUACUCUAUGUUCAGUCCUACCACGCCAGUGAUAGCGGUCGCGCAGGACCAGUCCGGUGAGGAGACGAUCAAGGCAAUCCUGCCGAAUUGGAUCAAGACGACGCCGUUUCUACGGAAUGGCAUGGGCUGCAUGCACAUGAAGUUUAUGCUGCUGUUCUAUAAAUCACGUCGACUACGUGUAGCUAUCUCGACAGCAAAUAUGAUCCAACACGAUUGGCGGGAUAUUGAGAAUACCGUUUGGGUGCAGGACGUUCUGCGACGGUCUGCUCCCAUCGCACAUGACCCGAAAGCAGAGGAUUUUCCGACAGCCAUGGGACGCGUGCUGCGGGCGCUGAAUGUACCAGCAGCAUUGGUAUCGCAUCUGCGCAAUGACCAUCCCAACCUGCCAUUGCAGCGCAUUGAGGAGCUUCGCACGCACUAUGACUUUUCCAAAGUGAAAGCGCGCCUCGUCCCAUCGAUCGCUGGGAAGCACGAGAGCUGGCCCAAGGUCGUCCUUACUGGCCACACCGCGCUCAUGAAAGUUCUGCGCGACAUGGGCGCGAUGGCUGAGAAGGGCAAGGAGCUCGUGCUUGAAUGCCAGGGAUCGUCUAUCGGGACAUACAGCACACAAUGGGUGAACGAGUUCUACUGUUCCGCACGCGGCGAGUCCGCGCAGACGUGGCUCGACGCGCCAAAGUCGCGCCGCGCGAAGCUGCCGUACCCGCCGAUCAAGAUCCUCUUCCCGACACUGCAGUAUGUGCGCGAGAGCGUGCUGGGCGAGCGAGGCGGGGGCACGAUGUUCUGCCGCCGGAACCAGUGGGAGGGCGCGAAGUUCCCGCGCGAGCUCUUCCACCAGUCGCGAAGCAAGCGCGGAGGCAUCCUCAUGCACUCGAAGAUGAUCCUCGGGCUCUUUGGCGCGAAAUCGGGUACGUCAGGAAACGGCUCGAGCAGCGAGACAGAGGAGAGCGAAACAGAGAGCGAGACAGAGGAAGACGUCCCGAGUGCGCUCAUAGGGUGGAUAUACGUGGGAUCGCAUAACUUCACGCCCUCGGCAUGGGGCACGCUCUCAGGGUCGGCGUUCAAUCCUAUACUGAACAUCACAAACUACGAACUUGGGAUCGUGCUCCCGCUACGAAGCGAGAAAGAGGCGGACCGAAUCGCGUGUUGGGUGCGUCCGCCAAAGAAGUACAAUCUGAGCAGAGAUCAGCCAUGGAUCCAGAGCGAAUCGCCGGUGUGUAAUGCGGGCUAG